AUGCGCUGGCUGGGAGUCCUGACAGGGACAUUCAUAUCCCUAGCGAUGGCCACGAGAAUUCCCACUGACAGCCCACUAAAUGGUUAUGAGAUGCAUCUGAAACAACUGCUCCAGCGAAUUUUAUGGGCCGCCAAUGUGAAGAGAUGCUUUGGUGUCAUCACGGAUGAUCUGUAUUAUCCCAUCUAUGAUCGGUUACUCUUCGAAUCGGUGGGUCGUCAAGUAGUCCCAUACUUCAUGAUGCGGGUUAAUGCCAGUGAGGAUCUCCAGCGGCCUCCUAAGCAAGUUGAGCUCUUCGUGAAGGCCCUUAAAUCCAGCGAUUGCGAGCUAAAUCUGAUCACCAUUCUCAACGGCUGGCAGGUUCAACGAUUUCUGAGAUACAUUUACCAGAAUAGAUCUCUGAAUAUGCAGAAAAAGUUCAUCUUGCUGCACGAUUCUAGACUUUUCGAGCGGGAUAUGAUCCAUCUGUGGAGUGUUUUCGUGGGCACAGUUUUUCUCAAGAGACAUUUGGAUAACAAAUUCACCAUUUCAACUAUUGCCUUUCCAGGCAUUUUGAGUGGUGUUCUGGUUUUGAAGAAUAUCGCCAAUUGGGAAUCGGGAAAAAGUGUCAAUGGAAGGGUUUUGUUCGCUGACAAGACAAGUGAUUUAUACGGAGCCUCGAUACCCGUGGCCAUAUCCGAGCACGUGCCCAUGGUUUUGUGGCUGAAUACGACAAACAGCUUCCAAGGAGUUGAAGUGGAGAUUAUGAAUGCCCUGGGCAGGGCGUUGAACUUCAAACCCGUUUACUACAGACCCAACCAAAGUGAAAAUAUGGACUGGGAGCUGGAGAAUGGCUAUGGAAAUGGUAAUCCUGAUGGAUACGUGCAGAAUGAAACCCGCAUUGACUCCAUGCUUAUAGAGGAGGUGGCUGCUCACAGUGCCCGUUUCGCCAUUGGGGAUUUGCAUCAGUUCCAGGUGUAUUUGCAGUUGGUAGAGCUAAGUUUGCCGCACAAUUUCGAAUGCCUGACCUUUCUCACACCCGAAUCCUCGACGGACAACUCAUGGCAGACCUUUAUCCUGCCCUUCAGCGGUGCAAUGUGGGCGGGUGUUCUACUCUCACUUUUCAUAGUGGGCACUGUUUUUUAUGCCAUUAGUUUCCUCAAUGCCAUUAUCAAUAGCAACGUUUCCUCGGGAUUCUUUCGCUGUCUUCGACGAAACCGUGGAAUUGCCUUGGAUCUGAAAACCUAUCGCCGAAUUAGUUUCCGCAUCGCCAUUAGUCGCUAUCGUCCUUCGAAGGAAUCUCGGAGUCCUCGCGAUCUUUUCGACGACUACACUAAUUGCAUCCUGCUCACGUACAGUAUGCUCCUAUAUGUGGCUUUACCCCGAAUGCCUCGAAAUUGGCCUUUGAGGGUAUUGACUGGAUGGUACUGGAUCUACUGCAUCCUUUUGGUGGCCACUUAUAGAGCCAGCUUUACAGCCAUUUUGGCCAAUCCAGCAGCUAGAAUAACUAUUGACACCCUGGAGGAUUUACUUGCCUCUCACAUUCCACCCUCUGCUGGAGUAACCGAAAAUAGGCAAUUUUUCUUAGAUGCCACCGAUGAGAUUGCUCGAAAAGUGGGCGAUAAGAUGGAGGUGAUUGGACAAAGCGAUGAUCUGACCACUCGAAUAGCCAAAGGUCAAUGCGCUUUCUACGACAACGAGUUCUAUUUGCGAUAUCUACGAGUAGCAGACGAUACUGGAUCCGGAGUAGGAUCGGCUUUACAUAUAAUGAAGGAAUGUGUGGUCUAUAUGCCCGUAGUGCUGGCAAUGGAGAAAAACUCGGCCCUGAAACAACGAAUUGAUAGCUCCAUUCAACAUCUGGCAGAGGGUGGUCUGAUAUCUAAGUGGCUCAAGGAUGCCAUACAGCAUCUGCCGGCGGAGGCUCCUGCUCAACAGGAGGCUCUUAUGAAUAUUCAGAAGUUCUGGAGUUCCUUUGUGGCUUUGAUUAUUGGCUAUGUGAUCUCAAUACUAACACUUUUUGCUGAACGCUGGCAUUUCAAGCACAUCAUCAUGAAGCAUCCAAUGUAUGAUGUCUACAACCCGGGGUUAUAUUAUAAAUUUAAAAGGAUAUAUCCCGAGCAAUAA